CGACGAUAGUAGGAUACUCGGAAACUACAAGACGCAGACCGAUAACGAAACGUAUAGAUGUCGGGCUGCCGUGAUCGGUGUAAAAAUGGGUUCAUUUAGGGCGAUCUGUGCUUUUCCAAUUCGUUUUCACGUGAGAGAGUGUUUUACGUUCGCGUGUGACUGGCUUCGAUGUCAUUCAGUGACACGAAACAAGACGAGAUUUCCAGCGCACACGUUCAAAAAUCAAACAAACAAGUGUUUGAUUUUCGUUCGUCAAUUGUCGACAUGGAAAAAAAAAUGGCUCCGUGCACGAUAGUGGGGUACUCGUUGAAAUCUACAGGAAGUAAAACGAUAACGAAACGUACAGAUCGAUGUUUGGUUGCCGUGAUAGUUGUAAAAACCCACAGCGACAGUGAAUAGUCGUCAUGACGGUAGUGUCGGGACAGUGAUCUGUGCUCUUCCAAUUCGUUCUCACGUGCGUGUGUCUGUUCUAUAUUCGCGUGUAGCUGGCUUCGUUGUCAUUCAGUGACACGAAACAAGACGAGAUUUCCAGCGCACACGUUCGAAACCAAACAAACGAACGAGUGUUUGAUGUCGGGCUGCCGUGAUAGUUGUAAAAACGGGUCUUUUAGGGGUUCUUAGCCGCCAUGACGGUAGCGUCGGGACAGUGAGAGGGUCUGUCCAGCAUGUCCGGCUUCGACGUGCUGGAGUUCCUGCGGCACUACCAGCUGCACCCGUGCCUGUGGGACCGGAGGCACGAGGACUACAAGAACCGCCAGAAGAGGGAGGCCGCGGAGCAAGAGCUGCUGCCCAUCAGCGGGCUCAGCUGCAUCAAGGAGCUGCGGGCCAAGAUACGCAGCAUCCGCUGCACGUACAACCAGGAGAUAUCCAAGAUCAGGAACUCGUGCCAGGCCGUCGAGCCGUACCGGCCGAAACUCCUGUGGUUCUCGUACGCCAACGAUUUCCUCAAGAAGAACCACGAAGAGGAAAUGGAAACAGAGUUGAACUCGAGCCUGUGCUUCCACGAUUUUGUGAUGAACAACUGUGGGACGGUCGAUAAGACCGAGUUCGUUGAAAUUCCCGUCGACCCGCUGGAAAGCGUUCCGUCUCCGUGCGACGUUCCCGCGGACCCGUUCCCGCCGGACGCGGGCGGCCGCGGCGCGGGGAGGGGGAAGGCCGCCAAGAAGCCCAAGGUGGACCGGGGCCUGCGGGAGGCCGUCGCGGCUUUGAGGGCGGCGGCCGGCGGCCGGCACCCGGCGAGCGAGUUCUCCGUGUUCGGGCAGCACGUCGUGGUGCAGCUGGGCCAGCUGCCCCUGGGCGAGGCCCUCCGGCUGCAGGAGGAGAUACAGAGCUCCAUAACGCGCGCCCGGCUCCGAGCGAUCCAGUCUGCUAGCCUCCUCUGAGGCCCCUGUCCCGAUACCUCAGCACGUGGGACAAGCGGGGCCAUCUUAUUGAUGGAUCAUCGAGGUUUCCUCUGCAGCCGGCUCUCUUCUGCUGGUGGUACCUUGACUGUUGAAGUGUCCCUCCAGUGUUGUCGUCGACGUUUCCCCUGUCUUUGUGUUGCCGACUGCCGCAUGCUUCCACGACUGAACGAGCUGAGCAUGAGCAGUUGGGAACUCGCCCGCUGAAAACGGUUGAAUUACUGGAUUUAUUUUUUUUUGUACCUCGGAGGGGUUUUUUUUUUUUUUUGAAGUCGGCAUAAUUUAUCACAUUAAAGUUCAUCUUCUUGCAA